AUGAAGAGCACCAAAGGGCUUCAUCUGUUGGGCAAUAUCCCAGAAGGGCUACCUCCACUUACAGGGGCUGCCGCUUCAACUCCUGCCGCUGUCAAUGGCAAUGGUGAGCGCCAGCUGGGGGAUUUGACUUUGGAGCCCUACAUGGAUAAGAAGAACAAAAUCCGCUUCAAGGUUCAGAACUCAGUCAUGGUGAAAGAAGUGCUGCGCCGUGCUAAACAACUUGGGCUCAAGAGGCAGGUUCGCCCAUCCAACUGGAAGACUGGUCAGUUGAAGACUUGGUUGAAGGACAAUCCCAUUAUUGAGCUUGAUGAUGAUGUUCAAUUCCUGCGACGCAUUGAAGCUGCUCUCUGUCAAGCAACCAUCAACAACUUUGCCGAGGCCAACGCUCAGAAGGAUGCUGAAGCAAAGACAACCAGUAUACAGUUUCGCACGCGAGAGCCCUUCCUUCGAAUGAUUGUCGCAGCAUUUGAAGAUAAUGUACGAAAGGCAAUGAACCAGGAAGGGCAAUGCUUGGAUCAUGAAGAGUUUGAUGCAAGAAACAGUGACCAACGACCUCCUAAUUUUUGGGAAGCUCUUGCUGCCAAGUACAACAACGAUGAUAGCUGGAUCACUGAAACAGAGGUAUUGCCUGACCUUCAAGAAGACUUCUCGAUUGUUCACGAAAUUUAUUUGACAGAUGUUCCUUCUCCAGUGACAGCGGAAAAAGUGGAACAACUAGUUUGGUCGUAUCACUUGUACCUUUGGCAUUUGUCUGACAAGAUGGACGUACUGGGUCAAGUGGUCACUAGACUCGAUACUAAAGUGGCGGCAAGUGGUGACAAGGUGGAUACCGAUACGUCCAAGAGAAAGCGAAAGAGAGGCAAGAACACCGAAGAAGAGGAUGAUGACUUGACAAACCUAAGACGAAAGCUUGCAAAUUGUCUUCCAGUCAGUGGUUGA